AUGUCUCCACGAAAUUAUUUCAAAUCGAUAAUUACUGUUGUAGGCCUGGCUUCUCUUACCAAGAUCGCGAGCGCAUUCACCACCAAGAAUCCCCAGCAACAGCCGCUCCGCUCCUACAUGGAAUCAUAUUUCAGCGUUGGGUUUAGUCUUCAAAGCUCUUAUGGAGCAGCGGCUAUCAUUUUCGAAAGCGCCGAUGGGAGUUUAGAAACACACACGCGAGUAUACGAGCCAGGGAUACUGUAUCAGCAGGUGAUGGAGAGGUUAUCUUUGCAAUCUUCGCGACACCUUGCACCGCCGUACAAUGAUGACGGGGAAUUUUAUGCCGACAUGCCCAGGCAGACUGCACGUAUGCUUCUCAGGACUUCUGGCCUGCCGGCUUCAGUUGAGGUUGGCGUUCUCGCUCAAACUAUCAGGCACCUACGGUCCCAAUUAGAGUCCGACUUCAGUAUUAGCAUUUCCGAGGCAGUUUUUACCUCCUCGCAUCUCCUCGCACUAUACCAGGACGACAUGGAAGAUAUUGCAGUCAAUGUUGGUAUCAAAUACAUCACUCCACGGUAUCAAUGGCAGCCAAUUUUCUGGGAAACGGCAGCUGCGUAUGCAGGGCACGGGUUUGGCAUGUGUAAACAUUGGCAAGACGAGGACAGAUGCAGGGAUGAGGAUUUGAAGUUACCAGAUACAACAGUCCUAUCGGUACACUACAGCCAGAAUGCGCUCACCGUAUCGCUAGCCGAAAUUCAAACAGUAUUCUCUACGUGGGAGCCAAACUAUCGGCGGGUCGAGAAUUUUACUCUCGGGAGCAACGCCAUUUCUGGAUAUUCAAGUUUAAACGAAUAUUGGGCCGACGUCAGAGGGACUCUACUACAGACUAUGGAAGAAUACCCCCUGUUCACCAAGCCGCAACUGAUCAUUGUCACCGGGAUUAUGACGGACGGGUAUUUGGUGGAUUUUUUGAAGAGUACUAUGUCUGAUUAUCUGGGUAAACUUCCUAAACUUAUCUCCACGAAUACUGAAGUAGUUGCGGCAAUGGGGGCUGCCGAGUUUAUGCGUCGAAGAUUACCUAAAUAUUCGUAUUAG